GAAAAUGAAUUUAAUGCAAUUUGAUGCACUAUGUCAUGAUUGCUGUUAUUCUCAAACAGUUGAAGUAUUCUAUAUAUUUAUAUUACUUUAGAAAAAAUAAAUAGCUGAUUAAACAAUUUAUCAAUUCAUAGAAGAUAUUAGAAAUAUCGAUGGAUUGUAUUAAAUUAUUAGCCAAACUUAAGCAGGCACUACAUUAUUUGUUAUCUCUGAAUUCAUAGCCAAGAUUAUAGUUUCCGAAAGAUAAUUUAAAGGAUUUUAGGUUGCUGAGCGUUCCUCUUAAGAAGUUCAAAUAAUUGUGGGUUAAUGUUAUACUGGUGAAGAAGUGGAAAUUUUGUAUUAAAAAUGCAGAGUAUAUGAAACUCUAGUCACUCUAUUCUGUUAAACUUUGUAAAGAGAAUUAGCAUCUCAUGAAUAAAAUUCAAUAUGUAAUCUUGUAGGAUUACUUAUUUAAUAAAUAAUGAUGUUGAGUGGAACUUAAUUUAUGAAAUUCUAAGAUAGACUUAAUAUAUUUUUUGAAGGAAAUUAAAUGUAUAAUCUUAGUAUUGGUUUAAAAUUGAUACAGAAUGUAAUUUAGAACAUCUAACAAUAUUCAUCAUAUGAUUCUUAUGUUUCAUAUAGAAGGAUAAUGUUUGGAUUUCAGAAUUAAGAGAUUUUUAAUUGUUUUGAGAUUGUGUGUAGAAUAGUAAAGAAUAGUCCUCCUUAACUUUACAAAUAGUCUUUGAGUACAUUAAAGGACAUAUUAAUGUUUAACUUCAAUGUGAGUUAUUUUGAAUUGGAAUCUGAUUUUGAUCCGAAUGACCAAAAUAAUGUUAGUGUAAGAAUAGAUCUAUGACUUAUAGUUUCCAGAUAGAUUUGCGGAAUAUUUUACAGAUUAAUAAUUCUUAGAAUUAUUAUUUAAGAUAGUAGAGACAUAUUGUAAUAAAGAUAGUACUUUAGCUAUAUUGGCAUUGAAAUCAUUAAAAAGAAUGGCAUCAGCAAAAAAAAAGAUUUUUAUUAAUAAAGAUAAAAAGAGAUAAUUUGCAAGAGAAUUAUAUGCAGGUUGUACAUAUUUAUUUGUAAAUGUACAAUCCUCAAAUGAAGAGAUUAUAAGUGAUAUCUUAGAAUUAAAUACAAAAUUAAAUAAUUGUUUUGGUUUAAGAUAAAUAAGAUUUGAUUUUGCUUUUAGUUAGAAAUGGCUAUAUUGUUUAUAAUCAUUUUGUAUUUAAAUUUUACAAAAACAAAUGAAAAUAAAAGAUCCUCAUAUGUAUUAAAUGAUAGAAUUGCUGAAGAGACUAUUAAAGUUCAUAUCAGAUUUUAAAUUGGAUACAACAUUUAAAACAUCAAUAUCAUAAACAAUAACUGAGAUCGGCAAGUCUAUUAUCCAUCUUUUGUUGAAUUCAUAGAACUCAUUCUUUUAAGGUUACACUCCACAAAAUCAUAAGAAAUUAAAGAAUACAUUAAAAGAAUUUUUUGAGAAUUUAUUUCCAAUCUUAUCUAUAGAUUUGGGUAACCAUAUAAAAAUGAUAUAUCAUUCAUUCAAGAAUGCAGCAUAAGAUUAGGAGAAAUUCAUAAUAGAAUUAAGUUUAAUUAAUUAUAUAGUGAUAAAUCCAUUAAUAUUGGAUAGAUCAACUGAAGACAUGAUAUAAAUGAUUUAGACAGUCAUAAAAGAUUCUUUAUAAUUUUUAUCAAUGCCUCAUACUAAUCUUCCCCCACUAGUGAUAAUGUCAGCAAUGUCAUUAGCAGAUAAUUUAUUUUAAUUUGCUUUAAGUGAAUCAGAUGAAUCUAUAGGAAGACAACGAUCCAACAAAACCUUUUUUGAUACUUGUAUUAAACCUAUACAAAUGCAACCUUAAUAAGCAACCAAUCAAUUACUUCAAUAUAUUGUGAUGCAACUAUAGAUUCAAAAUAAGGAAAUAAUUGAAUAUGCUUUAGUAAUUAUGAAAGAGACUAUAGUCAGAUUAAAACAUCAUUUAUAUAAUGAAUCCUUUCAAUCUUCAAAUGUGGUUACCUAAAUUAAAGGUGUUUUGUUGAAUCUAAAAAAUUCAGCAUUGCAAUAAGAAUAGUUCUUUAGUUGUAGAACAUUAGCAUCAGAAAUUAUAUCUAUUCUUCUAUUUGAUUCAGCAUAUGAAAAUUACAUAGAAUCUAUUGUUUAAUUAAAUUAAUUGUUGACAAUUUAACCGACAUCUUAAUCGAUCCAAAUUUAUUUAUAUGAAAUGUUAGGUUAUUUCAAACAUGUUGAUGUUAGUAAGAUAUUUAGAUUACUUAUUAAAUAACAUUUAUUAAAAAUUGCUGAUUUAACUAAAUUUAUUUUGAUUGAUAAUCCUCAAUAAUUCCAACUUUGUAAAUUAUGUCUAAAAUUAAUGGUAGCAAUAACUGAAAAUAAGAGUCUUAGAUUUUAAUAUCAUAGUUCAUCUAUUGUUUAAAUCGAAUUGGUUAGAAUAUUUCAAGGAAUUCUAACUAGUUAUGUUUAGCAUUUGAUUGUUGCUAUUUAAGAUGAAAAAGUUAAAUAAGAAUAUUCAGCAUAAAUUUGUAGAAUGGUUGGAUUGGUUUAUAAAAUAAUGAAUAACAUUCUCAAAGGUAAAUAUAUAUCUCAAGCUUGUUAAUUAUUAUUUGCAGAUCGCAAAUACUUAGAUUUAUUAAUUGCUAUAUUAGACAUCUCCUUUAAAAUAUCUAAUUAUAUGAUUGUAAUCAAUUCUUUAUCAUCUUUAGCUAUAUAACAAAUCCUGUCUACAAAUGAUUCAAGUUCUCCAUGUUGUCAGUUCAUAACAAUUAUAACUAUUCGAAUUAAGUCCACAGUCUUUAUCUAUAGUAUUAAGCAUCGUUGAGAAUCUUUAAAAGUUUCUCUUACAGCAAUUAUCUUAAGAAUACAAAACAUAGACUACAUCAUCAUAUCAUUAACCAGCAGAUAAAGUUUCAUUGGAUCAUACAACAGAUAUUGUCAUUUCAACACUAGAAUUUGUUUCUGAAGAACAAUAACUAACAUAAUUGGGAGUCAUCUAAUCUUUUGUUUUACCUCUUGAUUCAAUUAUAGACAAUAUAUUAAACGAUUUGAUUAUCUGUUUAAUCUAAGGCAAAUGUUCUCAAUAAACAUUCAAUAAAAUAAACAGGCAAUUAUUUGCCAUUAUGUGUACAUAUUAUAAAAACUUUGUUAAUGUAUUGAGCAGAUAAUUUGUCAAAUCUGAAUAAUAAUUAAAUCAUGCACUUAUUAAUGUUUUAACUAGAGAUCUAGAGCUAAGAAUCAAAUAAUAAAAUGAAGAGUAGUUUAAAAAGAAUAUGCCCCUAUUUUUAUCUUAAUUUGGAAUUAUAUGA